AGAACUGUAAAAAGAAAAGUAAAAAAAGCUCACUACUUUUUACACCCUCUAUGCGCGAUCGGUGAUCUUAUUUCAAAGUCCGUAGAUUUUCUUCGUCUUCUCGAAGAAAUACUUACUGAAAGCUCCGAACUUUCGGCGAUGGCGAUUAUUACAGAGGAGGAAGAAGACCAACAGCAACUCAAGCAACCGCUGAAAGAGACGACCAAAUCACCUAAAGCCCAGAAACCCACUUCAUCUCCCAAGCCAAGCUCCAAGUCCUCUGAGUCUUCGACAUCAAAUCCGUUUACUUUCUGGUUCUACUUUACAAUUGGAGUCUCGCUCAUAACUCUCGUAUUCAUUUCUCUCUCUUCUCUCUCAUCACAAGACCCUAAAUCUUGGUUCCUCAGCUUGCCUAACUCUCUUCGGCAACACUUCGCAAAGGGUCGAAACAUAAAGGUCCAGCCACACCCAAACCAAUCACCCAUUGAAGUGUUUUCCAUCGAGCAGGGACCAGUAGCUUCCGAAAAUAUUGUGCUUGUACAUGGGUUCGGUCUUAGCUCAUAUUCUUUUCGGGAAGUUCUUCGAUCCUUGGGUAAUAAAGGAGUGCACGCGAUUGCAAUUGAUUUACCUGGAAAUGGAUUUUCAGAAAAAUCGGUGAAAGUGGAUCGAGAGGGAACAAAUGGGGUUUUAGGGAGGUUUUGGGAUGUCUACAGUGAAAUUGAAGAGAAGGGUUUCUUUUGGGCAUUUGAUCAGUUAAUUGAAACUGGGCAAAUUCCUUAUGAAGAAAUUGAAUCUCGGAUUGCACAGAGAAAGGUUGCGAAACCAAUUGAACUGGGUCCAGAAGAGAUUGGUAAGGUAUUGGGACAAGUAAUUGAGACAUUGGGUUUGGCUCCAGUGCAUUUGGUUUUGCAUGAUUCAGCUUUGGGGAUGACAGCAAAUUGGAUAUUGGAGAAUUCAAAAUCUGUGAGGAGUAUAACGCUUAUUGAUACUUCCCCGAAAUCUUUGGGGGCUUUGCCUUUGUGUGUCUUGAAAUUUCCAGUUCUCAGGGAAAUUAUGUUUGGAUUCUCAUUUGCACAUUCUUGGUUGAUCAAGUCGUGUUGUUCUAGGGGGUUUGGCGCUUUGGAUUUGGAGGCACAUAGAGUUCUUAUGAAGAGUAAGGAUGCUAAGGCAGCCACCGUAGGAAUGGGAAAGAAGUUUAAUUACAGCUUUGAUAUUGCAGAAUGGGGUCGUUCGGAUGAGCUGAAAGGUGUGCCGGUGAAAGUGCUUUGGUCUGGUAGUUGGUCAAAAGAAUGGAGCGAAGAAGGAAACCGCGUUGCAAAUGCACUUCCACGAGCAACUUUUGUCACACAUUCUGGUGGAAGGUGGUCUCAGGAGGACGCUGCUGAUGAGUUAGCUGAAAGUAUUGUCCAGUUUGUUUCUUCAUUACCUGCAUCUGUCAGAAAAGUUGAGGAAGAACCCAUUCCUGAGCAUAUACAGAAGAUGUUUGAUGAGACUGAAAAGAAUGGUCAUCACAAUCACCAUCACCAUCACCAUCAUCAUGGUGAUGCUGGGCAUGACCACCACCAUGAUGGUCAUGUUCAUGGUCAUGCUGGUUAUAUGGAUGCAUAUGGCCUUGGCCAAGGUCAUGCAUGGUGAAGUUCUUCACAUUUUUUAGGCGUGUAGCCGUUUCACCAGAGCUAGAUGUUAGAUUUUUACACCCCUAGCUAAAUGUGUCUUGUUUGGUUGUGUCCUAAUGCUUGGAAUUGCUUAUUUAUUGUUGUAUAAGAUGUCUGAAUGAAGAAACUUAUAAUGGAAAGAUAGUUCACAUGAACCUCGGAGCUGAAUUAUUGUAUUUUACAUUAAAAAGUCUAGCUGAUUAUUACAUUGAAAUUGAUAUUUUCCCUGUCGUAUUUCUAUAA